UCUCAGCAGCCCCUUCUCCCUAUCCUUCAAUCUUUGACCUCAAGUUCUCCAAAAACCAACAAACACAGAUCAUAUAUCAAAGCAAAUGCAAUCCAACAGCCACUGACCACAACCUUUCAUCACAUCUACAACCCCAUUUUCAGUCUUUCAUUCCAUUCACCAAAAACCAAUGGCUUUCUUAUCCCUCAACCUCUCCUCCCUCCACCACACCUCCACCAACCCUCUUAUCCUACGCUGCACCCCUCUGAACCUACGCACCCCAUCCCAGAAACCAUUCUCCAUUAGGUCCCAAGCCGCCCCAGUGCUUUCCCAAGAUGAUCUUAAAAAGCUUGCAGCUGACAAAGCAGUUGAGUCAGUCAAAUCAGGCAUGAUCCUAGGCCUAGGAACAGGAUCAACAGCAGCUUUUGUGGUCGACAAAAUAGGCCAACUCCUUUCCACGGGCCAACUUUCUAACAUCGUAGGUAUCCCAACUUCGAAAAGAACACAAGAACAAGCUGCAUCACUUAACAUUCCCUUAUCUACCCUUGACUUGCAUCCCCGUAUUGACCUUGCUAUUGAUGGUGCUGAUGAAGUUGAUCCUAACCUUGACUUGGUUAAAGGCCGAGGCGGUGCACUUUUGCGUGAGAAAAUGGUUGAAGCAGCUUCAUCUUCCUUCAUUGUAGUAGCCGAUGAUAGUAAGCUAGUUUCAGGGCUUGGAGGGAGUGGUCUAGCUAUGCCUGUUGAAGUUGUGCAGUUUUGCUGGAAAUACAAUCUAGUUAGACUGCAAGGGCUGUUUAAAGAGUUGGGUUGUGAAGCAAAGUUGAGGUUAGUAGGGGAUGGUAGUGAAAAGCCUUAUGUCACUGAUAAUGGGAAUUACAUUGUGGAUUUGUAUUUCAAGAAUCCAAUUAAAGAUGGGUUUGGAGCUGGGAAAGAGAUUUCUGCCUUGGAAGGUGUAGUGGAACAUGGGCUGUUUUUAGGAAUGGCUACCUCUGUCAUCAUUGCAGGGAAAACUGGUAUAGAGGUUAUGACUAAGUGAAUUAAGUGUUGAGUGCAAUUUACUUUGUGUGAGGGGGUAAUUUGUUAAAAAAGAAAAAAAGAAAAAAAAAUUUUGAUUCUGUGUAGAGUGAUUGCAGAAUGUUGAAUGAUUGAGGGGAUUUUAGAAAUGAAUUUUAUUGGUUAAUGAAUAUGUGGUUUUAUGGUUA